AUGACUGCGAAAACAAGCUCGGAACGACGAGCGACGUUUGCACGGGAACCAGCCCGAUCAGUUUCGGUACCACCACGGAAAAAAUGGUUCCGUAAAGCGUCGCUUGGUCGAGUUAAAUCACAAGAAGGUGUAUGUGACGAUGUGACUCGUAAGCUGGUAGGAGCCAUCACUACAUGGCAUGACAUCCAAAGUAGCCUACUUCGACUCAGUAUCGAUCGAUCUGAUUCCUCUCUAAUGACGGAUGAUUCUAUGGAAUCGUCUAGCUCCGAGGAACCCUUACAUGAAAAUGGUCAUAUGGAAGCGGAAAGUCCUCGAGUUUCAAUUUCGAAUCCAGAAUUGACAUCGAUUCAGAUCAAGCACAUGUUCCCCGAACUCAGCGAGCAUUGGAGUAUUGCCAAGUCGGAGGUGGUCUGGUACCAGAUGGCUGGUCAUUACAGCUCUUCUGUUCUUUGGGUUGUAUCCCGGACCAACACCCACCCAUGCAUAGAAGACUCCCAUUCCUUCAUGAUCGCUUUACUUGCAUCAGUCUCCGUAACUGAAGAUAUAGCACAUUGA